AUGCUAGAGAGAGAUGCAGAACAUGUAACAAUUCGAAGCCAGCUCGAUCCUGACGCGUACAAGAAGAAGGAGCGGGCAGCUCGCCUCAAGAUGGACAUACAGAUCCUUCCUGUCUGUGUGCUUCUAUACUUACUGGCCUAUAUCGACAAGUCUAACAUUUCACAAGCCAUGCUGGAUGGUAAGAACCUUCCAAAUGGCAAAGUAGAGGAUCCCGGUAUAUUGACAUCGCUGAACAUGACACCCCACGAAUUUUCCAUUGCCCUGACAGUGCUCUUCCCGACGUAUAUGGCGUUUCAGCUUCCGUCAAAUUUGAUUAUUCGAAAGAUAGGACCGCGUAUAUGGAUCCCCACUCUGGCGUUAACUUGGGGUGUCGUUGAGACUCUUCAAGGUCUUGUAACCUCCAAGGCAGGUCUGUAUAUCAACCGCAUCUUUCUUGGCUUAGCAGAAGCAGGUCUCACUCCAGGCAUCACGCUCUUGUUGACCUUUUUCUACGUGCCGAAGGAGCUGCAGUUCAGACAGGCCUUUUACUUUACAGGCGCAUCACUGAGUGGGUCCUUUUCUGGGCUGCUUGCAACUGCGCUUCGUAAGAUGGAUGGAAUCUCAGGGCAGCACGGCUGGCAGUGGGUAUUUUAUAUUGAGGGUAUCUUUACCGUUGCGGUGGCAAUCGUAUGUUACUUUAUUAUCCCGAAUGGGCCUCGUGGGUGCUUUAUGUUGUCACCCCUUGAGCGCGAGCUGAUCAUACAGCGGCAGCGCGCACCCACGUAUCGGUAUCAAGACCUUCCACAUUUGACACUCAAGCUCAAAGAGGUCGAAUUCGAGCCGACGUCGGAAAACGAAGGCCUAUUGCUGACGCCACCAUGGUACAAAGAGGUUCUGCGAACGUUUACUGAUGAGCGCGUGUAUUUGACGGGUAUCCUGGGCUUUUGCGUCAGCCUGCCCAUCUUUUCCUUCACGAAUUUCAUGCCAAGUAUCAUCAAAGGCAUGGGCGAUUAUUCGACAGUCAAGUCCAUGCUCUUGUCUUGCCCCCCAUUCGCCGCCUCGUUUGUGUACAGCUUGUGCAUGGCCUUCGUGGCUGAUCGGCUGCAGUUGCGGUAUCUUUCUGUGAUGUUGAGUUUCAUUAUUACACUCGUGGGCCUAGCCGUCCUGUGGGGAUGCGAUGAGCCCAUGCAUCGGUAUGGGGGCAUCUUUAUGGUGGCUGCCGGCAGUUAUUCGGGCCCGCCGUGCAUGUUCGCGUGGAUGGCCAACAAUUCCGCUGGGUACUACAAGCGGACAAGUGCCUUGGCCUUCGUCCACAUGAUGGACAAUGCAAGCGGACUUGUCGCGGCCUGGCUCUUUAACACGCACACCGAAGCACCACGCUUUUUACGUGGCACUGCCACCAACCUCGCUAUCACGCUGCUUGGCAUUGUGGUAGCCACGAUCCAGGAGUGUCGAAUUUGGCAGGAACGUCGUCAGCGUGCGUGUGGACGUCGUGAUGAAUGCGUGGUUGAACUGUAUCGAAGAACGCAUUGGCCACGGGAGGUGCUGCGCUCGUACUUGGGCGAUAGGCACCCCGAGUUUCUCUUGGAGCUGUGA